AGUAAACCUUACCCUUAAAACGGUUAGACAAACCCUUUUGGAAAAUCAUGACUGCUAGUAUAAUUAAUUUGCAAUUGAAUCAUUAUUUGUUCCCAUGCAAACAAAUUUAGAUCCUUUAUAAGGUUCUAUUAUUUGGCUUUUUACUAAUGGUUAGUGUUUUCCCAAUCUGAUAUUUUGAUUGCUGCUUAUACAACUUUGCAAUCCGAGUUCCUAUUGAUGUUCCAGGAAUAGAGUUCUGGCAUUAACAUCAGCAACAAGUCACAUAGUCAAAAGAAUCAUAUAUGAUUCUGUUGGGAUGGUUUAGAUUGCGCAGCACUUCUUCCUGAAUUGUCCUGUCAUAUGCCUCUUUAGUUUAUGGCUCAAAUCUUCAUAGAUUUAUUUAUCUUGACAGUUUGGGAUAUUAAUAUAUUUUAACUGCAAAGAUAUUUUGAUUGGUUGAAACUUGAUGCUGCAUGAAUAUUGUAUUCAAGGGAUCAGAAUUGUGGUUUCUUUGCAUUCUUGAACUACAACCUGAGUAUUAUUCUGCAAAAUAUGCUUGUAGCCAUAUCCAGUUAUCCAUCUAGUUCUUUUAAGGCUUCAUUUAGUUGAUUUUGGAAGUAAUAAUAAAACAAAAUGAAAAAGGGAAAUUGUUCUAUUAGGAAGGGUGGACAUUGGACAAAGUGAAAUAUUAUUUUAAGUCUAUGACUGAUAAUUACAUAUUUAUUAUUUUCCACAACAUUGAGUCUGUAAAUAGGAUUAACAAUUUCUGUGUUCUUGUUCUUCCCAUUCCUACUUUGAGAAAAAACUAAAUUUUUUACAAAUGAUGUGUGUUCAUGUAUGAAAUUAUAUGCGUGCGUGCGUGUGUGUCUAGUUAUCCAUUUUUCCAUUCCAGGUUGACUGACCAUUAGAUAUUGCAGCAUAUUGUGUGGUUGCAGAAGAAUCAGUGGGUCGACAAGUACCGAUUGCAUUUCUGGAGCGUGUCAAGGAUGACUUUAUUUCAAAAUAUGGUAGUGGGAAGGCUGCCACAGCUCCUGCAAACAGCCUCAAUAAAGAAUUUGGUUCAAAGUUGAAAGAACACAUGCAGUAUUGUGUUGAUCAUCCUGAAGAGAUAAGCAAGAUUGCCAAGGUGAAAGCUCAGGUUUCAGAAGUUAAAGGUGUUAUGAUGGAGAACAUUGAAAAGGUUUUAGAUAGAGGGGAAAAAAUUGAGAUCCUAGUGGAUAAGACAGAGAAUCUUCAUCACCAGGCUCAAGACUUCCGAAAUUCAGGAACAAGAAUCCGUAGGAAGAUGUGGCUGCAAAAUAUGAAGAUCAAGCUGAUUGUUCUGGGAAUACUGAUUGCGCUGAUCCUCAUCAUAGUCCUCUCCGUCUGUGGUGGCUUCAAUUGCGGAAAUAAAAAAUGAAGAGUUAUUCUCCCAGCCAGGAUGUUCUCCCCAUCAGUCCUGAUAUAUAUAUGUCCCUCUUAUAUCUAGUAGAAAGUUAGUAAUUGCCAGACAACCUAAAUUUUGAUUGUGUAGGAAAAUCUCUAAGCUUGUUGUACCAAUCUGCAUAUUACAAUUGCUUGAAGAGAUUGUUGCUUAGAUUCAAAUAAUUGUUUGUACAUUUGGAAUUAAGAACGAAACAUUAGAUUGAUGUGCUUCAGGCGUGAGGAGUAAGAAGCCUGGAAGAAUUGAUAUGAUUAGAUAUAAAAUUGAUUUGUUCUA